ACGGAACUUCAUCUCUUAUUAAGUGUCCAAUUUACGUGUAUCAGCAUUUAGCACUUGCCAAGAUGAUAUUUAGUACCCCUACUGUCUUGAGCGGUACCGCCCUCGUCACCAUCACUGGAUACCUCGCCGCAAUGGAAACACCUUCCUUAUGAUAGGCGGUCAACCCCCAACCUUCCCCUACAACUCCAAAAUUUUCCCUCCCCUGCCUCGCCGCCACGUUCUUCAAGCGGGCCAUCUUCGACACUACCCGUCAGACACUUUACGACGCGGACGACCGCCUUUCUGUUGGCGCUGCAGUUUCAAAGUUCUCCCCCGACGGUCUUCCUGGUUCUUGCCUCACAGAACCGCGAAGAAACUACUCAGAGACGAUUUCACCCCCAAGGACAACCAACUCCCUCCCGCUGGUGACAACAUGAUUGAUAUCUACACGCCCGCUUCAUCACGAUUCCAGAGGUACUGUAAGCCUGGCGGGCUUACCACGUGACGGACGCGCUCGGCGUAUUCGCUCCUGAUCAAGUUAGACACCGCGCCUCAUUUACUUAGUGUUUGGCCAUUUGAUGCUCAUCCCUAUAUACAUACAGCAUCGUCGGUAUCUACAUCUUAUCUUC